AUGGGGGCGGGCUAUCUCCUGCUGAGCGCUGCAGCGCUCCUGAGCUGUGCUGCUCCCCUGUCUGCCGGCGGCUCUGCCAAUCGCUGCAGCCCUCCCUGUCGGUACGGCCAGACGUGCCGACCCCGGAGGGUUUCCCACGGUUACGGUUCGUACUCGUACUACGGCUCACAUCAGACACAGUACGAGUGUGUGAACACGCCGCACCCGCACCCGAAGCCGCCGCCGGCCGCGCGGCCGCCGAGCUGCGCGCACGUCCGCUGCUCGCUGGGCGAGGUGUGUGUCCUGCAGACAGUCAUCUGCAUCCGACCGCCGUGCCACCCUCAGCCGGUCUGCACGCGCAACACGUGCGCCGCGGUCCGGUGUGCCCCGGGCACUGUUUGCCGUGUGACGGAGAACCUGCGACCCAGCUGUACCGACAGACCCAGCUGCUUCUUCAAGGCGGAAUGUGUGCUGGCCGGCAAACCGAAGCCGGGCUUCUGUCCGGCGCCGACCUACUUGGCCUGGGCGCUCACCAAGCUGGGGCCCUCGUGCAGGCUGGACAGCUCGUGUGAGGGCGACCUGCUCUGCUGUCCGGUGGCGGGACAGCCGGGCAGCCGGUGCGUGGCGCCCGCCUACCCGGACCCCUGCGCCGACAUCCACUGUCCUCCCCAGGCCCCGGUGUGCGCCGUGCAGAACGGCAGACCCGGCUGCCGCGACCUCGUCUGCAAACCGGACACGUUCUUCUGUCUAUCCGGCAAGCAGUUCUACUGUUCUGAUGAUGCGCGGCAAGUCGAUGCCGGCAACCUCCCGUGUUAG